GGAAUAGUCCAACAACUCCCACAUUGCAUCGCGCACAGCUCGUGUGAACUGGUGACCUCAAAACUUUCUCGCGAUGGAUGGCCAUUCUAGAGUUACAGGAGACCGUCAUACUGCUCGGUUCUACAAGCGGUUGCAGGAGCUGCGGUCCGAGGGUCACCUGGUGGACGUGACCCUGUGUGCGGAGGGAAAGGAGCUCCCCUGUCAUCGCUUUGUUCUGUCCAUCUGCACCGACUACUACAGGGCCAUGUUCAGUGGAAGCCACAGUGAGAGUAAGAAAGACAAGGUGGAAAUAGGUGGGGUGAAUGGGGAGGCUCUAGAAAUGCUGGUUGACUAUGCCUACACAUCCAAGCUCCACAUCACCAUGGACAACGUUCAGCCCCUGUUUGAAGCAGCAAACAUGCUUCAGGUGGAGCCUGUGGAAUGUCAAUGUGAAGAGUUUUUAAAAGAGCACCUGUGUGCAGAAACAUGUUUGGGGACCUGGGCACUAGCAGACAAGGUGUUGAGAAGGCAUUUGUCUGGGCUGGCAAGAAGCUUUGCCCUGAAGAACUUUGAAGGAGUUUGCAGGACUGAGGAGUUCCUUCAGCUGCCUGUUGACUUCCUUGUAACAUACAUCUCAGAUAAUGGCCUUCAUGCCAAAAAAGAGGAACAUGUAAUGGAGGCAGUCAUGAGCUGGGUAAAACACAACCUGGAUGAACGACAAGAACACCUCAAACUCCUCAUGGAGUCUGUCCGUUUCACAUGUAUGGACCAAGACUACCUACAGAACCUCAUGCAGACAGACAAGGUGUUUGCAGGGAUUCCUGACAUCGAGUUUCUGAUAGAGGAUGAAUCUAUACCCCGCCAAAUCUUCAAAGAAGAAAUCCUGGUUUUUGGCGGCGAUAAAGGCCUCUUUGGGAUACGAUCAAACCAUUAUAUGUACAGACUUGACCUCCAAUGUAACUAUGUCAGCAGUUCAUCAUUGCCACGAUCCCUUCAGAAAACAGCAGGAAGUGCAGCAUGUGUUGUCAAGAAUGAUGUAAUAGUGACAGGCGGUAACUUAACUAUGUCUAAAGCAUUCAGGUACAAGCCAUCUGUGGAGACUUGGACUAGGAUGGCUCCUCUGAAGACAGGAAGAUAUUUUCAUGGAAUGGCAACACUGAAUGGACGGAUGUAUGUUAUUGGGGGAUCUGAUGGUGUAGAAGACCUUAAGCUACUAUCUAGUGUGGAGAUGUACAGCAGAAAAACUAAGAGUUGGAAGAAACGGGCAGACUUGAAACUGGCAGUCUGCAAUUUUGGUAUAGCUACCUGUUGUGACAGAGUGUAUGUGUUUGGUGGUCGUACUAGCAUAGAGAAUACCACAGCUGCUGUUCAGUGCUAUGAUCCCACCCAAAAUGUGUGGACUUUCGCAACACCCUUACCAAAAGCAGUACGGAGUAUAUCAGCAUGCACUGUUGGUUCUAGGAUCUAUUUGGUUGGUGGACUGUUAGACUGUGUCUUGUGCUACAAUCCUCAGGAAGAUUGUUAUGUGGAGUUGGCUAACAAUCAGGGUUGUUGUUGGGAGCACAGCAGUGCCACUGUCUGUGGAUCAGAGAUCUAUAUUACUGGUGGUCGCAGAUCUAGUCUAUAUAUGUCCAGCCAGCCAACAGUUCAGUGUUAUGAUGUGACUAGUGAUACCCUGAUUGUGGGUCAGUUAAAAGAUCUACCAGCCCCACUGCGUUGCCACCACACUGUGACAAUUCCAAAAUACAAACCUCCCCCCAUCCCCACUGACCCUCCUAUCUCAUAUGAAGAAUAUAUGAAUCCAUUAAUUCAUGACCUGCACCAUUGGGCUGCUACUGGGGCAUAUGUUGAAAUCUAGGAUGGAUGAUGUUCAGUUCCCAGUACAUCUACAUGUAUCCCCAGUUUAUAGUGACUUUGUAUUCUAGUUACAAAUUCUUCUGUUUUGUAAUCCUGGAUGGAGGAAAUUAUGUCUUGCAUGCAGUGAGUUUUUGACCAAAGACAUACGACCAAGUAUCACUGGCUGCAUAUUGGCAAAGUGGAACUCUCUAAGUUAUACUUGUAUUUCAAUCCAUUAUACUGUGUAUGUUAUCAGUAAGGUAGACAUAUGUUCACUUCAUUGUUGCAAUGCACAUCUGUCUUUAUGAAUGAAAGGAGGCAGAAAUCUUUUAUGUUUUUUGUGUGCACACUUAACGGUGCAUACCCAGUUUAUUGGGGUCUCAAUUCGAGGCUACACACCUUCAAGUGGAGAGGCCGUCUCUUUCAGAAAAUACAUCUGAAGCAGAAAAGCGGUGUAUGGGAAUAAAGGGUACCUCUCCAGCUUUACAAACAACUGGGUUUCAGUUUCUUCACCCUCUCUACUUUUCAUACUUUUUUGGGGGGAAACUUCUUUUUUACGUAAAAAAAACAGCUCACAGAGCAUGGGUGGUGAAUCUAGGUCACUGGGGUGGAACAGUUUCAAUGCGUAGGCAUACAAACAAUUGAGGCUCUCGCCCAAAAUCAAUUUUCACCAAAAACAUCACUUUUUACACUUUCCAUGGCCAGCUAUGUUAGUAUUAAGCGCCAUUUCGCAGCAGAUUAUGAGAAAUGUGAACUCAAAGCUGGACCCUCGAAAUUCGCCACUCACUACGUGGAAGAAUUAGUGUGUGCACUGUUCUACUUUUACUGUAGGAUAGUGCAAAUAUUUGAUGUUAUAACAUGUAUUUGUUGAAUUUGACAUAGUACUAGUGUAAGGUUUGUAGAUCAAAAUUUUGCAAAGCACUCAAAAUAAAGACACAUUUCAAAAUC